UAUGGCGCAAUCAGACACCGCCAUCCGCUCCAUAUAUGCCGAGCUGCUCUCCAACAUCAGACAAGUGUCGGUCCGAGCCACGCUCUCGUCGCCGUCGGAUUCGACGACCAAGGCCGAGAUCCUCGAUGAUGGCCGCCGCAUUCAGGUGCAUCACAAAGGCGAAGUUAAAGCACUAGAUCUUCCAGCCAGUGUUCUCGUGCGCUCCACGAUUCCCAUACCGGGGAGCAGCUCGCAAGAGCUGGCCUGGAGGCUGCCAGUACCAGCCACCGAAACGCAAUCGACAAGAUUCUCUGCUGAGAACCAGUCAAUACCUUGGAGUUCUACGGACCUCAAGGUCGGUUCUAGUAUAUGUUGCCGGAAGUGCGGCGUUGAGAUUGUACAACGAGGCCGUAUAGAGUCAUGGAAAGAUUUACCCAGCGAAAACUGGGCAGAGAUGAUGGAGUUCUGGCACUGCCAUAAGCCUCACGACCACGGGCACGAGCAUCACGACGGCGACGCGCUGUCCAAGCGCGGAUACGGAGCCAAUAGCACAAUCACCGCCCAGCCUGGGAUCGGGUUUGUGGACCUCACUUCCUUGAUGUUUUCGGAGUCGGACUGUGACGGUCUAUCGUUCUCUCGCCCCAGCACGGAUUCCUCUUUCGAUACCAGCAAAGAAGCCAUUGACGGAGCUGAUCCAGUGAAGCCGCUGAGUAUCUCUUGCAAGGCUUGCGCUUCGGAAAUAGGACUAUUUAAUGCUCUGGCAUCAUCCAUAACCCUGUUCAAGUGGCAAGUGGCUUGCGAAACCGCUUCGCCCAGCAAGGCCCCAAGCAGCUCAGAGUGCCUGGCAGCGACUCUGAUAGCGACCAUAUCCCGGUCAGGCUCAUCGAAGUCGGUCGUGGCAUCACAUACGUUUGAUACAACUGCGCAGUUGGAACAGACCCAGUCUCUCAACCUCUGGGUACUCAAUGCCAAUGUCGUGUAUACAUCUACCUUGCGCGAAGGAAGACGGACGGCGAUCAAGAUUCUGUACCAAGAUAUUGAUGUAGAGCAAGGGAACAGCCUCGUCGAUUCCAUGACUUCAGGCGUCCAGGAAAUUAGCUUCCCAGCUGCUGCUAUCAAGACAGCUCGGCAGGUUCUCCAGGAGAGUAACAGCUUGAUGCCCGCCUCUGAGCGGCUAUUUCAGCAAUGGCAUGUCGGUUUACUAGAGCGUUGGGAAUAG